GAAGCGCACGACGUUUCUUCUCUAACAUUUCACCGCAACCCUAGAAAACAUGGGGAUUUGCAGCUCCAGCGAGUCGACGUCCGUGGCCACCGUGAAGCUCAUCCUCCACGACGGUCGGCUUCAGGAGUUCUCGUACCCGGUGAAGGCAUCGCACGUGCUCCAGAAGAACCCCGCGUGCUUCAUAUGCGACUCGGACGACAUGGACUUCGACGAUGUCGUCGUGGCCGUCAGCUCCGAGGAGGAUCUCCUGCCGGGGCAGCUCUACUUCGUGCUGCCGAUGAGCUGGCUGGGUAGCCCGCUCCGGCCAGCUGAGAUGGCGGAUUUGGCCGUGAAAGCAGACUCAGCUUUGAAGAUGAGUAAAGAUCAAGCGAAGCGGGUGUAUAGCGCACGCAGAUGCGGGUGUGAUAGGGAAACAGUGGUCGAGCCGGUGGUGCUCGCGAGCACGAGAGAUGUGAGAACGACACAUCGCAAUAGAAUUUCUCGUGUUGGCAGAGGUGCCGGCGACAGAAGAUUGCCGGUGGAGAGAAGAGGGAGAAGCGGUAGUCACAGCGGACGUCGUGGACGCGGUUUCAAGGCAAAGCUAAGUAUCAUCGUGGAGGAAGACUAAUAAUUUCGAUAGCACUUCUCAUUUUGGGCCAAAGUCUUGACUGCAGUAUAGUUGUAACUUUGGGGUACAUAUGGCAAAACCUAAGCAUUAUCCUUUUUGGGC